AAGAGGCUGCGCAUCUGCAGCGGGCUUUCAGGGUGAUGUGUGGGAAUCUCCCCAAUUCCGCACAGAUCCAUCCCGAUAGUCGAUAAUGGCUGCCCCCCCUUCGCGCUGGGCAUGGCAGGCAACAUCAUUAUGUUUGUCGAUUUUACUUGGGGGGUGUUUCUGGGCGCACACGCCAUUUACCAGUCACACACGGGCACCAGCGAUGGUGAACGCGCUUCUCCAGAUCAUUGCACGCGACGUCAGCUCCCUGGGCGAAGCUGUCCUGGUGGAACAGGCGCAAUCCGAGACCCUUCGCUCUCUUGCCUUGGAGAACAAACGACUGACCGAACAGAUGCUCGUGGCUCUCGAAAAGCUGAAGGUCAAGGGCGCCAAUGAGACCGUCGAAGUGCAGUCCAAAUCACCGCCCACGUACAGCAUCUGA